AUGAUCAUUAUAAUAAACAUAUAUGCAUCACCAACAGAAGCAGGUCCAUCAAUGACACGAAAGAAACCGGAAGAAACUCUGACUGAUCCAGCAGCAGUGACCUUUACUCGCAUGAACACCUACAUGAUGAAGGUGGCAGCACCAGUGACUACAACAACAACUACCAAGACUACAACUACAUCAACCACUACCAAAAACAGAGCAACGUCAGCAACCACCAAAACUACAACAACAUCAAUCACCACCAAGACUACAACAACAUCAACUACCACGAAAACUAGAACAUCAUCCACUACCACCAAAACUACAACAACAUCAACUACCACGAAAACUACAACACCAUCCACUACCACCAAAACUACAACAACAACAAUGACAAUGAUAGCUACAGCGAGCAGUGGAAGUGCAUGUUCUGUAUGGAACGUAAAUGGAGUAACGGUUGCUGGAGGAAACGGACAAGGAUCAGCUGCCAAUCAAUUAAACUUACCACUUAGCAUUGCAGUGACGUCAUCAAAUGAUAUUUACGUCGCAGAUGCCUACAACUUCCGAAUUCAGCUGUGGAAACCGAAUGCAACACAGGGUAAAACCGUAUGGCCACCAAAUGGUAUUGAUAGUGGAAUGGGUAACAUGACUUUAAUUAGGAGUUUACAUAUUGAUCAAAGUGAAAAAUAUCUCUACAUUAUGGAUUUACGUAACAAUCAAGUUUUGAAAUGGAUCAUUGGUACGAACACGACAACUAUUGUUGCUGGUGGAAAAGGUGCUGAAGCUGCACUCAGUCAGCUGUUUUGUUCAUUAUCGUGUGCUUUGACUGUAGAUAGUUUAUCGAAUAUUUACAUAUCGGAGAGUAUAAAUUCCUCAGUCGUAAAAUGGGCACCAGGUGCUCUGAGUGGACAAGUUGUAGCAGGUGGUAACGGAGCUGGUAAUAGACCUGAUCAAUUAUCAAGCUACAUCAACGGCAUAGCAGUAGAUUCACAGUUUACUGUUUUUGUAGUUGAUUCAGGAAAUCAACGAGUUCAAGUGAGUUUUUAUCAUUUCGCUUUAGUUUUUUGCAUUGAAAUAUGUCCCAGCCUAAGUCAAUUUGAAUACAUGAUUCAUAAUCCUAGAGAAUUCUCACUUGACGGAUUACAAUAUAAUAAAAUUAAAAGACAACUUUAG